UAAGAUUCGUUUAGUUUGAUGUCCCAAAGCUACACUUUCAAAACAAUCAAAGCUUUUGGAAGAGAAAGAGAGAGUUCAGUGCUCAAGUUCUCCAAAACUCUUCAAAGCAGAGACAUGCUUAAUGCAUUGAAGACUCAGGUAUCACAGCAUUGGCAAGCAUGGUCAGAGAUGAUCUCACCUUGUUUCUGGGAAGCCCUGGUUGUGUUUCUCCAGUUCUUACUCAUCCUGAGAUUUUUAAUCCAAUCACUUUCAAAAAGAAACAACAUGUCAAGCACUAAACAGAACCCCACAGCAGAAGAUUCACAUGAUCCCAUAAAAUUAAGCAUCUCAUACAAAGCCAGUAUGUGCUGCUGCUCAUUCAUAUUUGCAAGCAAUCUUCUCAGACUUUUAUUUCUACUGCAAGGAAAAGGAACCAAUUGCAAGUACACAUUUACAAUAAUUGCGAGAACGACGCAGGUGUUAUCAUCGGCAAUUGUGUUGAUUUCAGUUUCCAAUUUCAGGAGAACUAGAUGUGCAAAACUUCCAUGGAGCAUCAGAGCAUGGUGGAUUUGUAUUUUUCUCCAGUCAGUGAUCUGUUUAGCUCUGGACAUGCAUUCUAAUGUUCUACACAAUGCAUUUCUGAGCAUUGUGGAAUAUACAGACAUAAUUGACAUCAUUGCUUGCUCAUACUUAUCUGCUAAUUCAAUCAGAGGAACAACAGGGAUUUGUUUCUCAUCUAACAGCAUCAAGGAACAACUUCUCCACAAUUCCUCAACACAAGAGCCGAAGGAGAGUAAGAGAUACUCUCCAUAUGGCAAAGCAACUCUUCCACAACUAGUGACUUUCUCUUGGCUAAAUCCUCUCUUUGCAAUCGGGAUAAAGAAGCCUCUAGGAGAGGAUGAAGUACCUGAUGUCGAUGUGAAGGACUCGGCUGAGUAUCUCUCACAUUCUUUCGAUUGCUGUCUGAAUGAUAUUCAGAAAAGAUACAGGUCAAGAAAUCAAUGUAUAUAUAGAGCAAUCUUCUUGUUUAUCAGAAAAAAGGCUGCUAUAAAUGCGUGUUUUGCUGUUGUAAGUGCAGCUGCAUCUUAUGUAGGCCCUUUUCUGAUUGAUGAUUUUGUGAAGUUUUUGAGUGGGAAGCAGGAGCACAAGAUGAAAAGAGGGUACAUUCUUGCACUUGCAUUUCUGAGUGCUAAACUUGUAGAGACUGUGGCUGAGAGGCAAUGGAUAUUUGGUGCCCGGCAGCUCGGUCUUCGCCUCGAAUCAGCUCUGAUUUCUCAUGUGUACAAGAAGGGACUCCGGCUAUCAAGCCAAUCGCGCAAGAGCCAUACAAGUGGAGAGAUCAUUAACUACAUGAAUGUUGACAUACAAAGAAUAACAGACCUCAUGUGGUACUCAAACAUCAUAGUGAUGCUUCCCAUACAGGUUUCACUGGCAAUUUAUAUACUUCAUGUGAAUUUAGGCAUUGGUUCCUUAGCAGGAUUAGCAGCUACGGCAGUUAUAGUGUUGUGCAACUUACCGAUUACUCGAAUGCAAGAGACACUGCAAUCCAAGAUCAUGGAGGCGAAAGACGAGCGCAUGAAAGCAACAUCAGAAGUUCUCAGAAACAUGAAGAUUUUGAAGCUGCAAGCAUGGGACACAAAGUACCUGGACAAACUAGAUUCACUGAGGAAGAUUGAGUACAAAUGGUUGUGGAAAUUCCUGAGAUUGGAAGCUAUUUUAUCAUUCAUUUUAUGGGAAUCACCCACUCUGAUUUCAGUGGUGACAUUUGGAGCUUGCACAGUGCUUGGAAUCCCAUUGACUGCUGGGAGAAUUCUGUCUGCCUUGGCAACAUUCAGGAUGCUGCAAGACCCAAUCUUUGAUCUGCCAGACUUGCUCACAGUGAUUGCAGAAACCAAAGUUUCUGCUGAUAGAGUGGCAUCAUACCUGCAGGAAGAUGAAGUGAAGACUGAUGCAGUUGAGGUAAUCUCUGCAGAUGAGACUGAGUUCAGUAUCAAUAUCGAGAAAGGAUUGUUCAGCUGGGAUUCAGACGCUGAUUCUCCGACACUCGGUGAGAUAAAAUUGAAGGUGAAAAAGGGAGAGAAGGUUGCUAUUUGUGGCAAUGUUGGCUCAGGUAAGUCUACUCUGCUUUCAUGUUUGCUUGGAGAGGUACCGAGAGUGGGUGGGAGUGUGACAAUCAGUGGUAGUAUGGCUUAUGUUCCUCAGUCUCCAUGGAUGCUGACAUGCAAUAUCAGAGAGAACAUUCUUCUUGGAAAUACUUACAACCAUGACAAGUUUGAGAGAACAAUUCAUGUAUGUGCAUUGAAGGAAGAUCUUGAUUCACUGACUAGUGGUGAUCUAACAGAGAUUGGUGAAAGAGGAAUCAAUAUGAGUGCAGGUCUCAAACAAAGGAUUCAGAUUGCUAGAGCAGUCUACCAGGAUGCUGACAUUUACCUUCUCGAUGAUCCUUUCAACGCUUUCGAUUCACAGACCAGGAGAAAAGUUUUCAAGGAAUGUUUGAUGGGAAUGCUGAAGAACAAGACCAUUCUAUAUGUCACAAACCAAGCAGAGUUUCUUCAAUCUGCAGACCUUAUACUGGUGAUGAAGAAUGGGAAGAUUGAACAGGCAGGGAGAUUUCCAGAACUAAUGCAGCAAAACAGAGGAUUUCAGUCACUGGUUGGAGCUCAUAGGGAAGCUUUGCAAGCAGUCAUUGAAGCUAGACACUUGAACAAAGUGUUUGCUAAUCAAACCGAAAGUGAGUAUGAAGAUGAUGCACUAAGUAUGAUCACUCAAGAACAACAUGAUGAUAAGAAGAGAAAUAUUCCUCAAGAUGUUCAAGAUGAGGAAAGAGAAAGAGGAAGCAUUGGCAAAGAAGUUUACUGGUCAUACUUGACUGCAGUGGGAGGAGGUGGAUUAGUAGUUAUAAUAGUUACAGCAGAGUGUCUUGUUCAAGUUUUGCAGGUAGGGAGUGAUUACUGGAUGGCCUGGGCUUCUCCUUCAACAACAGCAACCAAUACAACAGUGGAGAUGAGUUGCCUUUUCUUGGUUUAUAUGUUUCUCUGUUUAGGUGGUUCAAUAUGUGUGCUUCUUCGAGCAAUGCUCGUCGCCAUAACCGGCCUUUUGACAUCACAGAAGCACUUUGAAGACAUGCUUAAUAGUAUUUUCCAUGCCCCUAUGUCUUUCUUUGAUUCAAAGCCAACUGAAAGAAUUUUAGACAGAGUUUCAUCAGAUCAAAGUGUACUAGAUUUGGAUAUUGCGAAGAAAUUGAGCUGGUGCGCCUUCUCGGUUAUUCAGAUUUUGGGUACUAUUACAGUAAUGUCUCAGGUAGCAUGGCCGGUCUUCGCAAUUUUCAUCCCUGUCACAGCUAUCUGCAUUUGGUACCAACAAUACUGCAUUCCGACUGCCCGAGAACUCGCUCGCAUUUCAGAAAUACAAAGAGCUCCAAUCUUGCAUCAUUUUGCAGAAUCACUUACUGGAGCUGUAAUUAUCAGAGCACUCGGAAAAGAAGACCAUUUCACCAGCACAACACUCAGUCUGAUAGACAACCAUUCAAGACCAUGUUUCCAUAAUGUUUCUGCAAUGGAAUGGCUUCAUUUCAGACUGAACUUGUUAUCUAAUUUUGUAUUUGCCUUUUCAUUAGUCUUGCUUGUCAGCCUCCCCGGAGAAUUCAUCAACCCAAGCAUUGCAGGAUUGGCAGUGACAUAUGGAUUCGAUCUCAAUGCGCAGAUAUCGACGAUAAUCUGGAACCUAUGCAGCACUGAAAUUAAGAUGAUCUCAGUUGAAAGAAUACUGCAAUACACAAAGAUAGACAGUGAAGCUCCAUUAAUGAUUGAAAAGUGUCAGCCACCGAAAAACUGGCCGGAAACAGGAACAAUUUGCAUUAAAAACUUGCAGGUUGGAUAUGCAGAAAACUCACCACCUGUCUUGAAAGACAUUACCUGCACAUUUCCAGGGAGGAAAAGAGUAGGAAUUGUUGGGAAAACAGGAAGUGGGAAAUCAACUCUAAUUCAAUCUCUUUUCCGAAUCGUUGAACCUCGAGCAGGAAAAAUUCUGAUUGAUAAUGUAGAUAUCUGCAAGAUAGGCCUUCAUGAUCUGAGAUCAAAACUCAGCAUAAUUCCUCAAGAUCCAACCAUGUUUGAAGGCACAGUGAGGAAGAACCUUGACCCCCUUGAAGAAUACACUGACCAAAUGAUUUGGGAGGUGUUAGACAAAUGCCAAGUUGGUGACUUGAUACGCAGACAUAAAAUGAAGCUUGAUUCAAGAGUUUCUGAAAAUGGAGAGAAUUGGAGUGUGGGACAAAGGCAAUUGAUUUGUCUUGGAAGAGCUUUUCUGAAAAAGAGCAGCAUUCUUAUCAUUGAUGAAGCUACAGCUUCAGUGGACUCUGUUACUGAUGCCAUGGUUCAAAAGAGAAUUACUAUGGACUUCAACCAUUGCACUCUUGUCAUUAUAACUCACAGACUCCACACAGCAAUUGACACUGAUUUCAUUCUUAUUUUGAAUGAUGGGAAAAUGGUUGAUUAUGACACACCCUUCAAUUUACUGCAAAGAAAACACUCUUGCUUCUCCAAGUUGAUGAAAGAGUAUUAAUUUUUAUAAUUUUGCAGUAAACUUGAAUAUGAAUAUAUAUAUAUAUAUAUAUAAUUGUUUGUUUGUACUUGGCAUUGAGCAGGUUGGAAAGAGCAUCUGAUUUUUUUUUUUUAAUUUUAAUUUUAAUUAUGUGGGUCAUUGGAACCAAAGUGUGUGAAUGAUGAUAAUGUGACCCGUGAACUAACAUUAUCUUAAAUGAAAUUUUCUUCUAAAAUAUCAAUGAAAUAAAUGCAAAUGAUGAAACUUUAUUUAG